AUGGACAAACAGCUUGCCAACGAGCCUUGGUACCAUGGGUUACUUCCACGUGAAGAUAUAAAGAUGAUGCUACGGAAUAAUGGCGAUUUUCUUGUUCGGACUACUGAACCAGUCGCAGGCAAACCACGUGCCCUUGUGUUGUCUGUUAUGGUCAAGCAGGAGCUUGAAGAUCAAGGAAUUAAACAUUUCGUCAUCACGGUUCUGCCAUCCGGCAAAGUAAUGAUCGAAAAAUACGCGUUCGAAUCGGUCAGCUCCAUGGUUGAAUACCAUCUAAGCAAGAAGGACUCGCUUACAAAGGUACGUAGUAGACACCUAUCCACCUGCAUAUAA